AUGGAAGCCACUUCCAGCAAAACCCUCCCGGCAUCGUGGUACUGCUCGCAGAACCUCUAUCACCUCGAACAGCGUGCGGUCUUCUACAAGUCUUGGUAUCUCGUCGGCGCGGUUCCUCGGUUCGCUGUUGACAAGGAAGUCGAAUAUGAAUUUGCCGGUGUCGCCAUUGUCGUGCGGCACGAUGGUGACGAGAAGUUCACAGUGACGAGGAAAUCCGAUGCCCAUCAACUCAACCACUUCCUAACCCCGACCGGUCUUCUCUUCACGACCAUCGACCCGUCCGCACCCUCUUUCGACGACUGGUUCCCGCCAUCGCUCCUGUCUCUUCUAUCGAGAUACGACUUCCGGCGCCUCCCACACCGCCGUUCUAUCAAAUACCCCGGCCGGUUCAACUGGAAGACGAUGGUGGACGGGUACCAAGAAUGCCUGCACUGCCAAUACACGCACCGGUCGUUCAGCGUCAAAUACCCGCCGACCUUCUACGAAGUGCACAACCACCACACGUACAGCCGACACGUGGCGGACCCGACGAAGCCGGACGACGGGUUGUUUCUGUACUUCUUCCCCGUGUGCACGCUCAACCUGUACGGCGGCGGCAUGAGCAGUUUCCGCGUCUGUCCUGGCGACAAGGUGGGCGAGACGCGCAUGGAGUUCGACUAUUAUUUCGACGACGGCAAGGGCGGCGUCGAAGGGUUUGAAGACUACUUCAAGUUCGUGAGGAAGGUCGCGCUGGAAGACUACGAGCUGUGUGAAGUCGCCCAGUCGAAUCUGGAACGAGGCGUUUAUUCUCAGGGCGUGUUGAACCAGACCAAGGAGAGUGGUGUUUUGCACUACCAACAACUCACCAGGCAAAUGGUGGUGGACAAGUUCAAAGAGGAAGAGGGCGAGAAGAAUGCCUUGACGCCCGUGAGUAGUAGGGCCAGUGCCUCUGUUCAGGAGGAUGGAGCUGGCCCCCAGGGGGUGGGAGUCGUGUCUGUAUCGGCUUGA